ACUGUCUCUGUGCAGAAGUUCAUUUUGGACUGGGCUGAAGGAAAAGCCAAUCAGGAUGUUGAUUUCAUCUUCAAUCUUCCUUUUCGAGAUCUGAAUUUGAAGAAGGAAAAAGAAUUCAGUCUGAUGGAACUUCUUCAGCAUCACUUUUCACGGCUGAAAGAGAUGAAAAAUAUUGACGGUGAUGAAGUCAAAACUGUAUUUAUCUUUGAUGGUCUGGAUGAGUGUCGACUUCCUCUAGAUUUCGAAAGCAAUGAGGACUACAGUGAUAUAACAGAGCCAUUAUCAGUGGAUGUGCUGCUGACCAACCUCAUUAAGGGGAAUCUGUUUCCCUCUGCUCUCCUCUGGAUCACCUCCCAACCAGCAGCAGCCAAUCAGAUCCCUCCUGAGUACAUCCACCGAGUGACAGAGGUACAAGGGUUCAAUGACCCACAGAAGGAGGCGUACUUCAGGAAGAGAAUCAGAGAUCAGAACCUGGCCAGCAGAAUUAUCUCACACAUAAAGUCAUCCAGGAGUCUCUACAUCAUGUGUCACAUACCAGUCUUAUGCUGGAUUUCUGCUAGUGUUCUGAAGACAAUUUUGGGUAAAGCAGAAAAUGGAGAUCUGCCCAAAACUCUGACUGAAUUGUACACACACUUCCUGCUCAUUCAGACAAAUGUGAAGAAUCGGAAGUAUCAUGGUACCAAUGAGAUGAACCCAAAGAAGAUGUCAGCAUCAGAUACAGAAAUCAUCCUGAAACUGGGGCAGCUGGCUUUUCUACAGCUGGAAAAGGGCAAUCUGAUAUUCUAUGAAGAAGACCUCAGAGAGAGUGGCAUUGAUGUCAGUAAAGCUUCAGCUUACCCUGAGUUGUGCACACAGAUCUUUAAAGAGGAGUGUGGGUUGUAUCAGGAGAAGGUCUACUGCUUUGUGCAUCUGAGCAUUCAGGAGUAUCUGGCUGCCUUGUUUGUGUUUCAUUCAUGUGUAAAUGAGAACAGAAAUGUACUCAGAGCAGAAGAAUCAAAAUCUCACAGUGACAGAGUGCAGCUGUCUGAGUUACACAAGAGAGCAGUGGAUCAAGCCUUAAAGAGUAAGAAUGGACACCUGGACCUUUUCCUCCGAUUCCUUCUUGGCCUCUCUCUGGAGUCCAUUCAGUCGCUCUUAGGAAGAAUAUUGACAGAGACAGGAAGCAGAUCAGAGAGCAUUGAAAAAACAAUCCAGUACAUUAAGAUGAUGAUCAGACAUGAAUAUCAAACAGAGAGGAUCAUCAAUCUGUUCCACUGUCUCAAUGAACUGAAUGACAACUCUCUAGUAGAGGAAAUCCAGAAUUCCCUGAGAUCAGGAAAACUUUCUGAUAAAGAGCUGGAACCAGGCCAGUGUUCAGCUCUGGUAUUUGUGUUACUGAUGUCAGAGGAGAUCCUGGUUGAGUUUGACUUGAAGACCUACAACACAGCAGCAGGAGGUCAUCAGAGACUGCUACCAGUAGUCAGGAUUUGCAGGAAGGCCAUACUGAACAGCUGUGACCUCACAGAGAAGGUCUGUGAUAUUGUGGCCUCAGCAUUCCAAUCAAACUCACCACUGAAAGAUCUGGACAUCAGCUACAAUAACCUGGGGGAUUCAGGAGUGGAGCUGCUCUGUGCUGGACUGAAGAGUCCAAAAUGUAAACUACAGAGACUGGGACUGAACUACUGUGAACUCACACAGAAGUGCUGUGAUAUUGUGGCCUCAGCUCUCCAGUCAUCAAACUCACCCCUGAGAGAUCUGGACCUCAGCUACAAUAACCUGGGAGAUUCAGGAGUGGAGCUGCUCUGUGCUGGACUGAUGAGUCCAAACUGUGAACUACAAAGUCUGGGACUGAACAGCUGUGACCUCACAGCGAAGUCAUGCGAUAUUGUGGCCUCAGCUCUCCAGUCAUCAAACUCAACCCUGACAGAUCUGGACCUCAGCUACAAUAACCUGGGAGAUUCAGGAGUGGAGCUGCUGUGUGCUGGACUGAUGAGUCCAAACUGUAAACUACGGAGACUGGGACUGAACAGCUGUGACCUCACAGAGAAGUCCUGUGAUAUUGUGGCCUCAGCUCUCCAGUCAUCAGACUCACCCCUGAGAGAUCUGGACCUCAGCUACAAUAACCUGGGAGAUUCAGGAGUGGAGCUGCUCUGUGCUGGACUGAAGAGUCCAAACUGUAAACUGCAGAGACUGGGACUGAACUACUGUGAACUCACACAGAAGUGCUGUGAUAUUGUGGCCUCAGCUCUCCAGUCAUCAAACUCACCCCUGAGAGAUCUGGACCUCAGCUACAAUAACCUGGGAGAUUCAGGAGUGGAGCUGCUCUGUGCUGGACUGAUGAGUCCAAACUGUGAACUACAAAGUCUGGGGUCUGAGUGCGGAGUGGAGGUGCUGAAACACAGCCCUGUCCCUCCGGUGCUGUCCAUGGUGCAGCAGGCUGGGCCGGUGAGACACAGGUGA